CUCACGCGCACGUGGCCGCGCGCUCCCGAUCCGCGCGGGCACCAUUGGCGCCGCCCCUUCGCUUGCUUCUCUGCCUUCUCCUCCCGGCGCUUCCCGCACAAGACGCGAGGAAGAGGAUGCCGGGCGCCGACGCCAGCCUGACCCCGCAGGUGCACUGGGCGCAGCGGCACCACCAGCUCUACCUGCGCGUGGAGCUCAGCGACGUCCAGGAUCCUGACAUCACAAUUACAGACAAUGUGCUCCAUUUCAAAGCUCAAGGCCAUGGAGCCAAGGGAGACAACGUGUAUGAAUUUCAAAUUGAGUUCCUGGCACCAGUGGACCCGAAGCCAGCCUAUAAAAUGACACAGAGGCAGCUGAACAUCACCGUAACGAAGAAGGAGAGCCAGUGGUGGGAACGGCUGACCAAGCAGGAGAAGCGGCCGCUGUUCCUUGCUCCGGACUUUGAUCGUUGGUUGGAUGAGUCGGAUGCUGAGAUGGAGCUGAAAGCCAAAGAGGAAGAAAGGGUUAACAAAAUCAGCAUAGAGAACCGCAUCCCCAAAGACCCUUUCCGGCACCUGAAGAGAGGCUACCUCUUCAUGUACAACCUUGUGCAGUUCCUAGGCUACUCAUGGAUUUUCGUGAACAUGACAGUUCGGCUCUUCAUGCUGGGGAAAGACUCUUUCUUUGAUACUUUCCACACGAUGGCAGACAUGAUGUACUUCUGCCAGACGCUGUCUCUCAUUGAAAUUGUGAACACACUGAUUGGUCUGGUCCGGGCUCCUUUCAUGCCUGUCAUCCUCCAGGUCUUUGGGAGAAACUUUGUGUUGUUACUUGUUCUUGGAGGUGUGGAAGAAAUGCAGAGCAAAGCUGUCGUCUUCUUCAUCUUCUAUAUUUGGAGCAUGGUGGAGAUCUUCAGGUAUCCGUUCUACAUGCUCUCGUGCCUCGAUAUAGAAUGGAAGAUCCUGACCUGGAUUCGAUACAGCAUCUGGAUGCCCCUCUACCCUCUGGGGAUCUUAGCAGAAGCUGUCUCCAUCAUUCAGGCUAUUCCCGUCUUCAGCAGCACUGGGAGAUUUAGCUUCAUGCUGCCCUACCCGCUGAACAUCACCGUUCCCUUCUCCCUUUUUCUCCAGUUCUACCUUGUCUUCUUGUUUCUAGGGCCAUUUGUGAAUUUCCGCUACCUCUACAAGCAACGAAAGAGACACCUUGGACCCAAAAAGAGGAAAAUGCACUAGGCUGGAGCCUGGAGUGGUUCCUUUCUUCUCUUCUUCUAAUCUACCUUGAAGGCAGGGUUAGGGCUCUCUCCUAACGGUUUUACUUACCCUGUUGAUCUGAAAAACCAGUUUUGUACAGUUAUAGCCAACAUGCAUCUCCCCUCCCACACAAAGAUGGAUCCAGGUGACAUUCCCCAUCUCCCAGUUAUGUCCAGCGACUCUUUGGUCAGCCUGAAAGGCUGAGCCAAUAGUCAUAGCCCUUGUGUCCUGUGCUACCUGCAAAUAAAACUGACCCCCUUGGUGGGAACACAA